AUGGCGGAGGCGGAAGCACCUGGUAACAUUGUAAAGGAAGGCUGGUUGCAAAAGCGAGGAGAACAUAUCCGAAACUGGCGAGAUCGCUACUUCAUCCUGUUCGACAAUGGCGAUCUUGUAGGAUUCAAAACGCAGCCCGAGCGCAACAACUAUCGUGAUCCACUAAACAAGUUUACUGUUCGCGAUUGCCAGAUCAUGGCUGUGGAUAAGCCCCGUCCGCACACCUUCACUAUUCGCGGUCUGCAGUGGACCACUGUUAUUGAGAGAAACUUCUCUGUUGACACCGACAAAGAGAGAGAGGAGUGGGUGGCGGCGAUCCGCUACGUGGCGUCGCAGCUGAGCGGGGGCGCGGCUGUGGUGGCGGCGGGGGGCGGGGCGGCGGGCGCGGCCGGCGGCAGCGCCGCGCUGCCCGACGCGGACGACCGCGACAUCGCGCAGCUCGGCACCAGCUUCCGCGACCCCAGGCGAAUUACCCUGGAAAAGUUCGAAUUUGUAAAAGUACUGGGCAAGGGCACAUUCGGAAAAGUGGUACUGAGCAGAGAAAAGGGCACGGGCAAGCUCUAUGCAAUGAAGAUCCUAAAGAAGAACCUCAUCAUUCAGAAGGAUGAAGUCGCGCACACAAUUACCGAGAACCAUGUACUCAAGAAAACCAAGCACCCUUUCCUUACGUCGCUGCGCUACUCAUUCCAGACGUCGGACCGCGUGUGCUUCGUGAUGGAGUACGCGAACGGCGGCGAACUGUUCUUCCACCUCUCCCGCGAGCGCAACUUCUCCGAAGAGCGCACGCGGUUCUACGGCGCGGAGAUCGUGUCCGCGCUGGGCUACCUGCACUCCGAGGGCAUCAUCUACCGGGACCUCAAGCUGGAGAACCUGCUACUCGACAAGGACGGCCACAUUAAGAUCGCAGACUUCGGACUCUGCAAGGUGAACAUCACGUACGGACGCACGACGAAGACGUUCUGCGGCACGCCGGAGUACCUGGCGCCCGAGGUGCUGGAGGACCUGGACUACGGGCCCGCCGUCGACUGGUGGGGCACCGGCGUCGUGCUCUACGAGAUGGCCUGCGGGAGGCUGCCCUUCUACAACCGCGACCACGAGGUGCUGUUCUCGCUGAUCCUGAGCGAGGAGGUGCGGUUCCCGCGCGCGCUGUCGGUGGAGUGCCGCGCGCUGCUGGCCGGCCUGCUGACCAAGGAACCGGCGCGCCGCCUGGGCGCCGGGCCCGAGGACGCGCGGGACAUCAUGAACCACUCCUUCUUCGCCUCCAUCAACUGGCAGGACCUCGUCGCCAAGAAGAUCCCGCCUCCGUUUAAGCCGCAAGUGGAAUCUGAAACUGACACGCGGUACUUCGACUCUGAGUUCACAGGCGAGUCCGUGGAGCUGACGCCGCCAGAAAACGAACCCGGUCUCGCUCGCAUACAGGAGGAGCACUUCCCGCAGUUCUCGUAUCAGGACAUCUGCUCGUCGGCGCACUCGGCGCUGUCUCACCUUUCGCAUCACUCCGCGCUAGCUGACCGUCGCCACUAG